CAACGUCUACCUAAGAAAAUCGCCGCGAGGCGCGCGCAGCUCCACAGGGAUCAUAGCGCAAGCUCGGUUGCGUCUGACGUAGAGGGGUUUCUUGGAAGAAAACAUAGCUGGACCACUCACAUGAUACUGACACACUAUAUAGGAUCGGAUAUAGAACCAAUAGAAUGACUUCAUUGGUAUUUUCUACCCGUUUUCGACCGAUGGGACUCGAUGAGCAUGGAAUAGUAGUAACAGCGCGCUGGUGAGGAUGCGGAUCGCGGGAUUAAGCUGACACAAAAGAGCGUGUACACCGUGUUUAAUUGCGGAUUAAUCGAGAGCAUCGUCUUUGCACAACAAGGAGACGCUUCUUUAUUAGCGGGGAGCCAGAAGCGCGGCGGGGAACGUUGACCGCGUCGCUCGGAUGGUGGUUCCGUGGACCGCGCGACUAUGUCACUGCAGUGCUGGGUGAUUGUUCUGCUUGGGCUAAUGUCGUACUUCAACCCGGAGAGAGCACUGGGAGCCCCGCAGAAGGAAGUCUCUCUGUCCCGGGACAGCUCUCUCUCUCCUCCCCCUUAUGUGAUUAUUCUCAUCUCCUGCUCUGGGCUGGUCUCUUUUGUUCUGUUGCUUCUCACCUGCCUUUGCUGUAAGAGAGGAGGUGUGGGAUUCAAUGAGUUUGAUAAUGCUGAAGGGGAAGAAUGCUCUGGGGCAUCCAGCCCUGUUCCUGAGGACAGUUUGUCCUCCUGUCCAUCACUGCCGGAGGUCUACACUCUUCCACUGCGGGAUAAGAACUGCUCAAUUCUACCGAAUGGCACAGACACCUCCCAAUGUUUCCGAAGGCACACUCUCAACUACCUGCAAGAGAUUGGAAAUGGCUGGUUUGGGAAGGUGAUAUUGGCUGAAGUGCUGUGUGACUACAGCUCCUAUCAGGCUGUGGUGAAGGAGCUGAGAGUCAAUGCUAGUCCUCUGGAGCAGAGGAAGUUCCUGGCAGAGUCCGAGCCAUACAGAAGCCUGCAGCAUCCAAAUAUACUGCAAUGUUUGGGCCAAUGCAGUGAGAGCGUUCCUUUCCUCCUGGUCAUGGAGUUUUGUCAACUGGGUGACCUGAAGAGGUAUUUAAGAGCUCAGAGGAAGUCUGAUGGGAUGACCCCUGACCUGUUAAACAGAGACCUCUUGACCUUACAACGAAUGGCAUAUGAGAUCACCUCAGGACUCUUGCAUCUCCAUGAGAACAAUUACAUUCACAGUGAUUUGGCACUGAGGAACUGUCUCCUCACUUCAGAUCUCACUGUUCGGAUUGGAGACUAUGGCCUCUCGCAUAAUCAAUAUAAGGAGGAUUACUAUCCAACACCAGACAAACUGUGGAUACCUCUCCGCUGGAUUGCCCCUGAACUUCUGGAGGAGUUUCGUGGGAAUCUGAUUGUCACUGAUCAAACCAAAACCAGCAAUGUGUGGUCACUGGGUGUUGUGAUAUGGGAGCUGUUUGAAUUUGGGGCUCAGCCGCACAGACACCUGAGCGACGAUGAGGUUCUCACCUUUGUUAUCAGGGAACGACAGAUCACUCUGGCUCAACCUCGCCUCAAACUCGGUCAUGCAGACUAUUGGUACGAGGUCAUGCAGUCUUGCUGGCUACCCCCAUCCCAGCGGCCAACGGUCAACAAAGUCUUCCUCCUUCUCUCCUCUCUCCUUGCCGCAGAACAAGGAAGUCGUAAGAGUGCUAGAAGGGAUGAUGAUGAGGAGGAUUAUGAGGAAGACAGUGGAGAAGGAAGGAGAGGAGAGAGUGAUGAGUCGUUUGAAAGACGUUGGGAUGCCCUCCGGCCCCCAGCUUUUCAGUCAGCCGCACACAAACUUCUGAGGGAGAGAGAGUAUGGGAGGGAGGAUGGUUGCCUCAGAGAAAACGGAAACUCUUUUCCACUUUUAGACCCUGUGGACAAUAUGAUCUCUCCAACAUCUGAGCUAGAUGACAUUCUUACUGUAACAGAGACCAGCAAAGGGUUAAACUUUGAAUACUUCUGGGAAAGGGCCCAUGGCAGGAGAGGGUACAAACCACUUCCUCCUCCUCAACCAAUACCGACACCCAAUUCUGGCCACAGACAAACCUUGGACACACCGACCGUCGUCCCUGUGAUCAGUGCCCGCAGCCCUUCACUGGCCAGCGAGUAUUACAUUCGCCUGGAAGAGCAUACUCCCCAGGAUAAGUCCCCUAGUCUAGGAAAACGGUGCUCUUUUAAAAAAAAAAAGGUGUGUUCUGGAGAUCUGGAGCUGGUCGAGCUUCAAACAGGGACUACUGGAAAAGACAGGCCAGCUUUCAAUCAGCAAGAUGGCUUUAUGAGAGGCACCUCUCAGACUGUCAGAUCCAGUGAGGUAAAGCUUAUGGUUCCAAACACUGGCUUGGUUGAGUUUAGUAAGGAGAACUGUAACCGAGUGACGGAUUACGCUGUUAUAAACAUUGGAGAAGCAAACCAAAAGUCCCUUGGUCCUCAAGCACCCAUUCUCCCACCUAAACCUCGUUCAAUGUCCAUGUCCUCUGGCAGCCAUCCACACUCACGUCCCCUGCCUGUUCCUCCACUAGGUUACGCAAGAACAUACGGGUUAGACAUCUACCCUGGAUCCUCGUUCCCGACAGGCAAAGUUGAGACCUCUGAUUCUUUACUAAUAAGUUCACUGUCAAAAGUCAAUUUUGACCAUCUGAGCUUAAACCGCACUCAUCAGACACUGCCCCCAUCUCCAUCACUCUCUCCUUCUAUUCCACCAUCUUCUGGCAGUCACUCCUUGUUCCUCCCACCUCAGACCUGUCCUCCACCUCUCCCUCCCCACUAUAGACUCCAAAAGGGUCAAAAGUACUCUUCAGAGACAUAUUCCAGAUACAAUGUGAUGCACUUACAAAGAGACCCACUAAGCUGUGACCGUACUGAUGAGAGACAUGCUGACCGAGGCAUGACACGGUCUCAGUCUUUGUAUAAUUCAAGAGAUGGUUCAGAGACAUACACUACAGACAAUGAGUCCUGCUCCAGAAUGACUAGAUCCCAAUCCACAAUUCCAAAAAUUGAGAGAACAUCAUCCUCUAGUCCAGAGCUCUCAAAGGACUAUGAAGAUGAUGAUGACAAUUCACCUUUCAUGUCACCGCAUAGAUCCAGCAGUGGCACAAACAUUCAGCACACCAACCUGGCUGAUGAACCCGAUCCAGCUACGGCUGAGCUUUUCUCAAGGGGAAUGAAGCGAACACAAUCCCGCCUCGCAACCAUCCUGCCGGCCCUAUGGAGGGAAGAGGCAGUCAUGCAACGUGAGCGAGUUGCAGCCGCUAGGAAAUCUCCCAUACAUUUGUUUCUGACUGAGAUCUCCAAUGACCCUGUGAACAUGAAAGAUGGAGAAAGCUUAUGGGAACAAGAAAGUGAUGGAAGGAAAGACAAAGGAAUGCAGAGAUCCCAGUCUCUUCUCUCAGAACUCGACUCAUCCACACAGGUUUGGGCCUCAGACAAAGACUCCCUGCCUGGUUAUGAAGGCAGUACCAAAAAGAGAGAUUUGUUCCUUACAGAGAUUGAGACAUCUGUGUCAGAUUGUGAGGAUGCAUAUGAUGGCGAAGGUGGCACCCCGGUUUCCAGAUUUGGAACUACUCCUCAUCCUUUUGCACAUCCCUCAAAUUUGCCAGUGUAUGCAGAAGCUGAGGAGGCUUUUUCAUCAGGGAUGAAGAAGUCUCAUUUCGGGCUCUCUGAAAUAUCCAUUGAGAGUGAUGAAACGGAGCCGAAGAAAGGGGAAAUGACAAGAGAGGAAUUUCUGAAGGAGAUUCAAUCUGCUGAAACAUUUCUGACUGAAAUUAUAACAAGGCAACGCCAAAAGGAAGAAAGUGUAUCACCUACUCCAUUGUCUCCUGAGUAUGAGUCAAUAUGCAUUGACCCAGAAUUGUCUCAGACAAUACAGUUUGAAUCAGAAAGAGCAAGAGCAGGAAAGCCGCCAGGUGACACAAAAGAAGCAAUUUAUGCUCAAGUCACCAAGCGGGCGAAAAGGAGUGAAAUAAAAGUUGCUAUGCGUCCAGAAAUUCCAGUACUUCACAUUGCAUCUGAUUUACAAAAUCUUGAAUCAGCUCAGAACUUAACUCCAGUCAGUCACCUUUCACCUGAAAUGGAGCUAGAGAAACAUCCCCUUAAUGAUUUUUCUCCCUCAGAAGUACUGCCUAAAAAUGGGCCUCUAUUGGAGCAGAUAUCUCCCACUAUAAAAGAGAACCAGAAUUCUCAAGUGUCUCACAAUCAGCAUGACUGUGUAAGUGAUGGUCCAGUAGAACCCAGAAAUAUGCAUAAUGUUAAUGGUACACUGAGUUGUGACAAAAAUCAAAUCACUAAAGAUACACAAAUUGGAAGUGUAGAUGGAAAUUAUUUGAAGAGCAUGUUUAUUCAGCCAAAAGAACUAACACAGAAAAACAUUCACAGUGUUUCAACUGAAAUUGAGGUGAUGACAUCAAAUGCAACAUUUGAAAAUGUACACAGUAAGAAACUGCCAGAAAGUCUAAACCAGAGGCCAAAUGAAUCGACUUUCCUUGAUCCUUCACAAAACAGUAAUUCAGCAGGUGACCCAAGCUCUACAAAGGAGAGGGAAUACAGUUCAGAUGUGAGGCAAGACUGCCCCACAGCCAAUUUGCAAAUGGAGACAUCCUCUAAAUCCCUUGAACAAACCGAUUUGCCUGACAAGGACACCAGUUCAAGGACUGGGUGUCAUGAUCAAGACGUGAAAAUGGAAAAAGAGCCAAUACUUCCAAGUGACUCUUCAUUCUCCUUGAAUGAAUCAAGCACAGAUGCAUUCUAUUCGCCUAUGGUGCAUGAACCCAACUCUGAUCAGUCACUUUCCACCAUGACCCCCACAGAUUCUGUAUUGUCACCUUUGACCUCUAGUUCACUAGACUGCCUCACACCGGGAGAUUCCUGGUUGGGUGGAGGAAACAGUGGAUGGAGAGCCCUGGGAACUGAAACACCACAUCGGGAUUCAGCUUACUUCUCUGACAGUGACUGGGAUGGUGGAGAGGGUUUAAGCAGAAGAGGCAACGAUGUACUUGGCCCUUCUCGUCCAGGUAGCGUUCAAACAGGAGAGCGAAGAAUAUUGAUGGGAAUUGAGGAAAAGGUUGAGGAUGAAGGACUACUGGAGAAUUUAGAAAAGGAAGUGGAGAUGAAACAAGAUAUGCAGGGAUUGUGGGGUUUGAAUGAGAGAGCUGAUGUAGAGAAGGGUUUCAAACAAGGUGUUGUCAUUUCAGGAGAUUCUCAGAGCGAAUGCAGUGCUGAGUUUAUUGCCAGGUUUUUCUCCAAUGGACAGGGUGAGUCAAAUAAGGGCGUUCCAUUCAGCAAUGGCUACCUUAACAUCCAAAACUCCUCUUUAGGUAAAAAUACUGAGCUGUUCAUGUCUCACACACUUUCGGAAGAAAGAAUGCUUCACGAUUCAGGUGCUACAGAUCCCAGACUGCUCGCUGACAUGGUCUCAGAGCCUCAAAAACCCAUUUCUGGACCAGUUUGUCAAGAACAACUCAUCGAACAUUGUUCAUAUUUGCAAACAGCGGAAAAUAAAGAGGAACGUUGUACAUCACCUGAAUUCCCAAUUGAUGAACAGUCAUCAGACAAAGGUAAAUCCAGGUUAUCUCGGUUUUACAGCUUUCAAUCUGAUUAUUCAAAAUGCAUCACCAGCCCUGAUAUAAACACAGAGCUCAGCAAUGAUGACACCAAAUGCGGCUUGAACCAAUUCAUCUGGUCUGAGACAAAAGCUGAACAAUCUACAGGAGAAGAGAAGGGUAAGCUUGAUAUCCAAGAUGCAGAUGCAAAUGAACUUGGCUUGAGAAACCUCUCAUAUUUAGAAGAGUGUGAGGAUCAACAGGCAAAGGAGAGGUCUGAGAGUCAGCUAGCUGUAGGGGAGCUCUGCUUCACUGUCAAGGAAUCCCCCCAAAGUGCUGCAGAUGAGAAUGCCAGCAGUAUGGAGAUCUCAAAAGAUGAACAUUCUGAUGAAUUCAGUAGAGGUGCCUCAGUGGGUCUUGAACUGAAACAGAAGGAGUUGUGGAGUGCCCUUGAGGAAGAUUACAGUACGGAGGUAAAUGUGAGAGAGGAAUUCAGCUGCCAAACAUUUAAGCAGGGAGAACUUCACCUUUGGCCUGUAGAAAAUGACCAGUGGGCUGCAGCUGAAGCUCAGACACUGGAAGCAGGGCUUGGAUCAGAGCUCUUCCCAAAUUUUGGAAAAAAGGCCUGGGGGGAGGAGGAACAUUUAAUGGUGAGUCAUGAAUUUUGGGAAUCUGAAGCAAAUGAUGAGCUUGCAGAUAGUGAGUCACAUCCCUCUACUCAGAGAAUAUGUGAAGAUGCAUUUAAUGAUGAGAAGCUAGGACGGGCUAAUUAUCCACCAUAUGAGAUCCUUUCUAGUGGGGGCAAAGGAAACUCAGCAGGCACUUGUAGAAAGGCUCGACUUUCAGCAAGAGGAGAACAUGGAAAAUCCAGACAUGGAAAAUAGAACACCAGAGUGCUAUUCUAGCAAUAUAAAGAUGG